AUGCCUUCUACAAAGGAGACUCGCCAAGUACUGCCUGAAGCUUCCGAGGCUCCCAAACCCGUUCGUGAGGAGGAUGCGGCCCUGCAAGAGUUGGAAGACUCUAAGGAUACUCCCGGUUUCGAAAUUGGAGACGAUAUUGUUGAAAAUGCAAGUACACAUGCCAGUGGUGAUGAGGAAGGGGAGGAAUCUUCCGAGACUGAGGACGAUUACGAUUCGGACGACUCUGAUGAUGAGUAUACUCGGAACCGUAUAGGCAAAGUACCGCUGAAGUGGUAUCUCGACAACCAUGAUCAUAUUGGUUAUGAUAUCUCUGGAAAAAAGAUUGCACGCACUGUGAAGACUUCCGAGAUAGAUACUCUCUUGAGAGCGGCUGAGGAUCCCGAUGCUUGGCGCACCGUCACUGAUAUCAAGAACGACAGGGAGAUCAAGCUAAGUGACACCGACCUCAGGAUCAUACAGCGUAUCCGGAAGGGCUUUUUCCCUACUGGUCGUGGUGAUGGCGAUGAGGAUGAGGAAUUCCAGGUUGAGUAUGAGGACCGUAUAGAAGACAAAAUUCACCCAAUGAGGACUCGAUACCCCACGAAGAAGUCGUUCAUGCCGGACCAAGACGAGGCCCGUAAGGUCAAUAGAUUGAUCAAGCUCAUAAGGGCGGGAAUUAUCAAGCCUAAGGAGGAGAAGCCUGCGAAGGAGGAUGUAUUUCAUACCGCUCCUCGACGAAAUCACUACUUAAUGAAAAGGCUGUGUAUUAGCAUAACCAUCUCCAGAGUAACCGCCAGUGAUGACAAUACCAAGGACUGCGAUAAAGGAUGA